AUGGAGAGGAAAGGUCUGUGUGUCCAUCCAUGUCCUCGUUUCUGUUUGCAGGGCCUGGACUUUGCAGGAUUCACAGCACACAUGUUCGUUGGGAUUUGCCUUGUUCUCCUGGUCUCCUUCCCACUCCUCAGACUCCUUUACUGGAACAAAAAGCUUUACAACAAGGAGCCAAGUGAGAUUGUUGAACUGAAGCACGAGAUCCAUGUCUGGCGCCUGACGGCUCAGCGCAUCAGCCCGGCCAGUCGUGAGGAGACAGCUGUGCGUCGCCUGCUGCUGGGGAAGGUGCUGGCUCUGGAGCACCUGCUGGCCCGGAGGCUACGUACCUUCCACAGACAGAUCUCCCAGGAAGAUAAAAAUUGGGAGACCAACAUCCAGGAGCUACAAAAAAAGCACAGGAUAUCAGACAGGAUUCUGCUCAUCAAAUGCCUGACAGUGUUGGGAUUUGUUAUCUUCACGUUCUUUCUCAAUUCAUUUAUCCCUGGCAUUCAUCUUGAUCUCGGAUGGAUUGCUAUUCUGGGUGCCAUUUGGUUGCUAAUUUUAGCUGAUAUCCAUGAUUUUGAGAUAAUUCUACACAGAGUGGAAUGGGCAACACUUCUGUUCUUUGCAGCGCUCUUUGUUCUGAUGGAG